UAUUAUGAUCUGUGCAGCACCCGAGGACCAUUCUAUAUUGCAUAGUCUCAUAAGGUUGCAUAGCUGCAAGCUAUUUGAAUCUGUGAAAGACGAGAGAGAAAGAGGGAGGUAGAUGGAAAAGAAAACACAGAGCUGUAAAAGGUUGGUUUUAGUCCCAUGCCCAUACCAAGGCCACAUAAAUCCAAUGCUUCAGCUUGGUACCUUCCUUCACUCAAGGGGUUUUUCGAUCACAAUUGUUCACACUCAUUUCAACUCUCCCAACCCUUCAAACCACCCUGAAUUCACCUUCCUUCCGAUACCAGAUGGCCUCACUGAACACGAAAUUUUGUCUGGGAACUUAGUAGCUAUUCUGUUAGCUCUUAAUGCCAAUUGCAAAGCAAGCUUCCAGCAAUGCCUGACUCAACUGAUGGAACAAGAACCACAGAACAGCAUUAGCAUCAUCUAUGAUGACAUCAUGUACUUCUCUGAAGCUGUGGCUAAUUAUCUGAACAUUCCAAGCAUCGUCUUACGCACUGUCAGCAUUACCAAUUUUGUUGCCCGCAGCACCGUCCUACAACUUCUUUCAAAAGGUUCCUUUCCCUUCCCAGAAUCUAUGUCACGGAACCCGGUUCCUGACCUUGAUCCCCUCAGGUUCAAGGAUCUUCCCAUCUCCAACUUUGACACAUAUGAGAACUAUUCAAAACUAGUAGUUAAUUUACACAAAGUGAGGACAUCCGCAGCCGUCAUUUGGAACACUGUGGACUGCCUUGAACAAUCAUCACUGGCACAGAUCCAGCAACAAUGUCAAGUUCCAAUCUUCACCAUAGGUCCUCUUCACAAGAUUGCAACAGCAGCUUCAACUAGUUUACUAGAAGAGGACAUCGGAUGCAUUACAUGGCUUGACAAGCAAUCCCAUAACUCGGUUAUCUAUGUAAGCUUGGGAAGUGUAGCAUCCAUUAGUGAGAAAGAACUAGCUGAGAUGGCUUGGGGGUUAGCUAACAGCAAGCAACCUUUCCUGUGGGUGAUCAGGCCCGGAUCAAUUUGUGGUUCUGAUUGGAUUGAGCUAUUGCCUCAAGGUUUCAUAGAAGCUAUUAGAGAAAGAGGUUGCAUUGUGAAAUGGGCACCCCAGAGGCAAGUUCUGGCGCAUGACGCGGUGGGUGGAUUUUGGAGCCAUUGCGGUUGGAAUUCAACGCUGGAAAGUUUAUCAGAAGGGGUUCCAAUGAUAUGUAGGCCCUGUUUUAGCGACCAGAAGGUGCAUGCAAGGUAUGUGAGCCAAGUAUGUAAAACAGGGCUACAACUGGAGAAUGAAUUAGAGAGGGGAGAGAUAGAGAGAGCUGUUAGAAAACUUAUGGUAGAUGAUGAUGGGAAGGGAAUGAGGGAGAGGGCCAAGGAGUUGAAGGAGAAAAUAGAAGUUAGUAUGAAGGGUGGCUCUUCCUACCAUUGCUUGAAUGAGCUUGUGGAGCUUAUAAGGUCAUUUUGAUUGGAACAACAAAGUGGUUUUGUCAUCAACUAGGUCCUCUCUCAUCAAAUUGGUAGAUUAAGGCUUCCUGGUUCCUGCAUCUGAUGUAAAGAAAUUUUCAUUCUAGUCCAAAGCGCAUUAAUAAGGAUAUUAUGUAUGAUUCAAGGCUCUGGCCUGGCCAACCUGUGAAUGUAAUUUCUGUGGUGUUGCCCCCAAAAAAUGUAGAAUAAUGGG